AUAGCACGGGACUACACCCAGGCGCUGUCUCUCAGUUCGUCGGCUUUCUUUCCUGCCCGAGCUGAGAUUUCAUACAAGCCAACGAGCCGGACACCGGAGGAGACGCCAAAAAGCCUUCGUCCACACGACCUUUGCUAGACCUUUAGCACUUGUAGCGCUGAAUCUACUCCAGUCGGUGUAAUACGUCCUAUUAUUUCAAAUAAAAAUGUCUUGGCAAAGCUACGUGGAUAACCUGAUGGCUGAUGGCAGCUGCCAGGAUGCCGCCAUUGUUGGAUACACUGACGCCAAAUAUGUCUGGGCAUCGUCAGAGGGUGGUACGUUUAGCGGUAUAACGCCUGAUGAAAUUGAUGUCAUUGUUGGUAAAGACAGAGAGGGCUUCUUCACCAGUGGACUGACUCUAGGCAAGAAGAAGUGCUCUGUGAUCAGAGACAGCCUUCAGGUGGAGGGAGACUGGACAAUGGACAUCAGGACAAAGAGCCAUAAUGGAGAGCCGACAUACAAUGUUUCCAUAGGCAGAGCUGGCAAAGUGUUGGUUAUAGUGAUGGGAAAGGAAGGUACCCAUGGAGGAUCGCUCAACAAGCAAGCAUAUAUCAUGGCUGAUUACCUGAGGAAAGUUGGAUACUAAAGCAUCCCCUUCUCAUCCACACAGCAGCUCACUUUAAAACACUACAACACACUACAAACCCAGUCAUCUUCCCCUAGCCUCUUCCUUGCCCCCUUUUAGUCAACAUGACAACACUACCAGAAACAGUUAGUAGAUUUAUUGUCUCUAUCAAAGUCUGUUAAUUUCCUGAAGUUUUUUUUUUUUGUUUUGUUGUUGUUGUAUGCUCAUUGUUCUCUAAUUUUCUGAGUUUUGACAUGUUUUUUUGUGCCACAGUAAAUCAAGCAUGUUGGUUUUAUGAAGGUUCAAUGACAAACACUAAUGUACAUACAAUAGGUGUAAAAUGAAGAAUUAAAAAAAAAACUUGGACGACCCAGAAUUUGUGUAAGUUCACAAGUCCAUGAAGUGACUAUAUUGUCCAAUUUGUUUUCCCUUAGGCACUGCUAAUGAUCCAGCUUAAGAUAGAUUGAUGCCUCUCAAGUGCUUUGAGUCCUUGCUGAGCUCUUAUGGUCUUCCUUGUAUACAGCAUGUCCAGGAUGGAAAAAAGUGCAUGCAUAUCUUUUAGGUCAAUAUCAUCAUCAUUUCCAGUAACAUUACCACCUUGUCUCAGCUUUGAAAACGAAGUUAGCCAAUCAAAUAACACUUUCUUAUUGUUUUUAAUCUGUUCUUGGUUUGACCCUGAGCUAAUUCGAUGAGCACCUUCAGCCCCUAACCCCGUGAACUGCAUCGCCCCUGCCCCAGCUGCUUACACACUACCUUUUUAAUUUGAAUACCUUCCGUAAAAUGCUUUUGCUGUUGUAUUUGGAUGUGGUCUUGUAAGUCAUUGGUCUAAUGUUGGAAUAUUUUGAGUAUGGUGGCAGAUCAGCAUUUACAAGGUUUGGGUUAAGUUGUUUCCCCAAGAGCCUUUGCAUCCCGGACUCUUUAUGGACAUUCCACCACUAACAACAGCUCAGGCACUUAAUACUUGUUGUUUGCCAGUUUCUUUUGUUUGUUUGUUUCUCUCAAGAAGUGUUGCCAUCCCAAUGUUCAGUCCAUUUCACUUUGGGUUCUCCAAUAGGACCAAUGUUUUUGUUUGUUUUUUGCAUCCAAAGGGAUUAACAGAAUUGCUCCAAACUGUUGUCGUAAAGGAGGAUGACUGCUAGUUUCAUCUGUUUUUGACUAUAAAACACAAUUUUCAACACCUAUACAAAUACACAAUAUCAUCUCGAGCUCAUUUCUACUAAACACCAAUGCUAAGUUCAUUGACAAAAGAAAAAACUACCUGAACACUAUUCAUGAAUGUCUUGAAUCGAUGAAAUGGCAGUCUUGUUCACGUCAUCACAAAUUUCUUAAACCCUUUUAACCUGUUAUUUUCAAAACAUACAUAAUUUGGACGUCAUUGCCUUGUAAACUAAAUUGCGAUGUAUCAAACUGUCAUAGCACGGUACAAAUGCUUCAUUAAAUAGACAAAAAACAUUUAAUUGUGUACACUAACUUUUUGGGAUUUGGUGGUAUUAGUUGGAAAAAGACCACUAGUCUAAGUCAGUUGUAUUGUGGAAACUUGUUAAAUAAAGCUGUGUAUCCUGUGCCAUAAUGUAGAUCUGAUCUGUUGCUACUGUGAGAUGGGUUUUAAUUGCUGCCGUGUAAGGAGUCAAACCUUCUGUGGCUUCUCUGAGGUUAUGAAGUCAAACUCCAGGGCUUUUGGAAAAUGUACAGAUUAAAGAAACAUUAAUUCAUGUCUGGUUUUCUCAGUUUUUAAAUUUGCCCAACUGAUAUUCAGCUCCAUUUGCGUGGAAUGAGAAUUAAUGUCAUGGUUAAACCCCCUUGUUUACAGACAGAUCAAAUAAACUUAUUCCAAUCAGAAA